GUGCCUACACUACCAAUGGCAUUCCUUUGGUUUCAUCACGGCCGUUGGCAUCAUGGGCCUCGCAACUCCAGGCUGGGGCUGCUCCGCCGAGCUGGGUAGUGAGGUCUGCUUUCCUGCCCGGGAAGCCACAGUGAACGGGCUGAUGGAGGCCUUCAGCAACUUAGCCGGGGUGGCGGCCAUCGUCAUGGCCCAGGAGGGCAUCGAUCAGCACCUAGGAGCUGGGGUGCUGGCGGUCAUGGCCACUACGGCUCUGGCAGGGGCGCUCCUGCUGGUGCUACUCUCAGGUCGGCUGCGCCGUUGCGAGAUGGAAGAAAGCCCUCGGGUAGACGAGGAGGACACUGAAGUGCUGCAGACCCGCAAACAG